AUGUAUUGGUCUAUAUUGCAUUUCCUGGCUGUAGCGCUGCCAGCGGCUGCUCUAGUUGCACAUGACCCAUGCAGGCUCGUCGAGUCCAAUAUUCCAGGGCGCAUCUCCUACCCCGGUAGUGCAACAUACAAUUCGUCCAUCUCAUCCUACUACGACGACCAGGAGCGCGCCCUGAGUCCCGGUUGUAUCUUUAGACCUACCACUACGUCUGAAGUAUCCCAGUUCGUCGGGUUAAUGACUUCGGACCAACGCAAGCCCAAGUUCGCCGUGCGGGGUGGCGGACACACGUUGUGGACGGGCGCGGCAAACAUUGCGGGCGGCAUCACCGUCGACAUGCGCCUCAUGAACGAGCUGGAGUUGAGCGGAGAUAAGAAGACUGCCCGCAUUGGAGGGGGCGCUGUAUGGGACGAUGUUUACCCGCAGCUCGUGCCGCAUGCGCUGACGGUGAUGGGAGGCAGGAUCCCCGGGAUCGGAGUUGGCGGGUUCGCCUCUGGCGGAGGGAUCACGUUUUCGUCCCGCGAGCACGGGUUCAGCUGUGACAACAUCCACGGUUACGAGGUCGUUCUCGCCAGUGGUCAAGUCGUCUACGCCAACCAAAGCUCCCACCCUGACCUCUGGCUUGCGCUGAAAGGUGGCUCAAACAACUUCGGCAUCAUUACUCGGUUCGAUGUAGCGACCAUUCCGCAGGGCAGAAUGUGGUACAGCCAUCUUCACUAUAACUAUACAGACUCCUCGUUGCGGGCUCACGCCGAAGCCUUUAGCGACUUUAUGAAGCCGGAAAACCACGACAGCGCAGCCAUGAUGGGAGUGUUUCUUGACUAUAUCGGCGGUAACCUGCUUCUGCAUGACGCCAUGUGGUACACAAAGGAGGUAGAGAAACCGGCCGUCUACGACGCCUUCACCGCGAUUCCGAACUCGGGGGGCGUGGCGGAGCUCAGCACCGUCGACAACGUCGUGGACAAAUUCGGAGCGGAUAUCCCAUCUCAUGUGGACCGCGCGUUCCAACUCACCUUUUCGUUCCACAACCCGGACCCGACUAUCUACAUGGAACUCUUCAAGGUCUGGGAGAGCGGCUUGAGCAAGAUGGCGAAUGUCGAAGGCCUUUUCGUCGAGUUUCUAACCCAGCCUCACCCCGUUACCAACGGGGUCAAUAUGUUCGGCCUGACGCCUGGAAAGACCGACGAUGUCAUGGUCGACAUGACUGCCACCUAUGCAAACAAGGCAGACGACUCGCUGGUCCGGUCCGUCAUCACGGACAUUGUGGACGAGCAACGCGCACUCUUGAAGCGAACUGGACAUCUGCUCGACUUUAUCUACCUUAAUUACGCCGACAUCUCACAGGAGGUGCUCCAGAGCUGGGGCCCGGAUAACGUUGCCAAGCUCAAGGCCGUCAGUGAGAGAUACGACCCCGAGGGCGUCUUUCAGAAACAGGUUCCUGGUGGAUUUAAGAUCCCAAUGUAG